AUGGAUUUAAAUAUACCAGGAAUAAUAUCUAUUGGGGUAUUUUAUCUAGUUAUAUUAUUAGUGGGUAUAUUAGCAGCAAGGUUUGUCAAAUAUAAAGAUAAAGACAAUAUAAACAAUACUACUAGUGAAUUGACAGUUGUUGCUGGUCGUAGUUUACAUGGUAUUGUUGGUACUUUUACUAUGAUAGCAACUGCUGUAGGUGGUGGUUUUAUAAAUGGAACAAGUGAAUCUAUAGCUAAAGAUGGUUUAGCAUGGACUAUCUCACCAUUUGCUAUCUGUAUUGGUUUGAUACUCGGAGGAUUGAUCUAUGCUGGUAGAAUGAGAGACAGGCAGUAUAUAACCAUGUUACAACCUAUUCUAGAGAAUUUUGGUCGAUUACCAGCUUUUCUGGUUUAUUUAGCCACCUUAACUGGAGAUUUAUUUUGGACAGCAUCCAUUUUAAAUGCCUUAGGUACAACAAUAAGUGUAAUCAUUGGGUUAGAUGUAUUAACAUCUAUAUUAGUAUCAGCUGGUGUUACAGUACUAUAUACUAUGAUAGGACAAAUGAUCUCAGUAGCUUAUACCGAUUUAGUACAGUUAUUUUUUAUUGCCCUUGGUUUGAUAUUAGCUAUUCCAUUUGCCAUGUUAAAUGAUGCAGUUGGUAAUAUAGGUGAGACAUCAUCACAAUGGUUAGGAUCUAUUGAACCUAUGGCUUCUAUAGCCUGGGUAGAUUUAGCUAUAGCUAUGAUUCUGGGAACCAUACCCUGGCAGUCAUAUUUCCAGAGAGUGUUAGCUGUAAGAAGUGUUAAGGAAGCUAAAGUGUUAUCAGUGUUGGCUGGAUUCGGUAGUUUAUUGUUUGCUGUUCCACCAUUUCUAAUUGGUAUCAUCAGUACUAGUGCUGAUUGGAGAAAUGUUAGUAUAACAUCAGGAAUUAAUCCAGCCAAUACUAGCCAGAGUAGUAUGAUAUUACCAUUAGUUAUUAAUGAAUUUACACCAGCACCAGUAGCUAUUAUAGGUCUGGGAGCUGUAUGUGGUGCUGUGAUGUCAUCAAUGGACAGUUCUAUACUUGGCUCAUCUUCUAUGUUUACACAUCAUGUAUAUAAACCUAUUCUUCGCAAAAAUGCUGGUGAUACAGAGUUAAUAUGGAUACAGAGAAUAUUUAUAUUUAUAAUAGGAGCUGGGGCUACAGCCAUAUCUCUAUAUGUUGAUACAAUAUGGGGACUGUUUGUUCUAGCUGCUGAUAUAGUAUUUGUUAUAGUUCUACCACAAUUAACUUGUUCUCUUUUUUUCUCUGACUUGAAUGGCUAUGGUGCUGUAAUGGCCUUCAUAGCAGGCGUCGUGCUUCGAAUAGGUGCUGGAGAAUCUACGCUCGGACUUUCACCAUUUAUAUACUAUCCUUUGUAUGAUUACGAGCGUGGAGAACAAGGAUUUCCAUUCCGUGUGCUGGCUUUUGUAGCCUCUACCGUGACUUUAGUGCUUGUGUCGUAUCUAUUUAGACUGAUAUUUAAAUGUGGAUGUUUACCAACCUGGAUGGAUCCAUUCAAUAUUUUAGAACAUGGAAGUGUUAAAUAUGAUUUGAGCAAGGAGAAUCCAAUGUUCCACAUGGAAACCUUUACCGAUUCCAUCUACAGACCUCGACCGUCAAUAGAAAUGAAUAAUAAAUUGAAAUAUUAA